AUGGAUGCACAGAGAAUGGAGGAGGUGAAGCUUUUAAUUGGUUUUGAUAAUUGUUUUUGUGUUGACCGGAUUGGUAUGGGGGGUGGUUUAUGUGUUCUUUGGAAAUCUUCUGUUGCUCUUACGAUAACUUCAUAUUCCACUAAUUUUAUUGACUGCUUUCAUAUUCCACUAAUUUUAUUGACUGCUACAUUAAGGAAGACAAUUUAUGUUGGCGUUUUACUGGCUUUUAUGGGGGAUUUUAACGACAUUGCUGCUGACUUGGAAAAACAGGGAGGUCCACCUAAACCAAAUUUUCUCUUGAAUGGUUUUGCUGACUUGGAAAAACAGGGAGGUCCACCUAAACCAAAUUUUCUCUUGAAUGGUUUUAAAUCGGCUCUUGAUGAUGCUGGUUUAAUUGAUUUGGAAUCAGCUGGUUAUUUUUACACUUUUGAAGGUACUAAUCCUAAUGGUGAUCGUAUAAAAGAAAAAUUGGAUAGGGCUAUGUCUAAUGACCGCUGGGCAACUUUGUUUCCGAAUGCUAUUGCGACUACACAAAUUACUCCAGUAUCUGAUCAUAUGCAGUGGGUGGAUAACUCAUGGUUAGUAGAAGAUGAGUUGGAGUUAGUUGUACGGAGGGGUUGGGAGGAGUCAGUUAAUUUGAACUUCAUAAGCAGACGUGAUGCUCUUAUUUUUUACGUUAAUCGGUGGGGUCGAGCUAGAAAUCGGGAAUUCUGGAAACGCCGGAAUCUGAUUGUGCGACAAAUUGAACUUGAUAGAGAUUUGUAUGGUGGGUCCUGGUCGGCACGACUUAAAGAGGAAUGGAAUAAAAUACUGCUUACGGAAGAAAUUCGAAAGAAGCAACAGGCUAAACUCUUCUGGUUUAAAUAUGGCGACAAAAAUUCCAAAUAUUUUCAUAAGCAGAUUAAAGGUAGGAGGAAUAUUAAUAGAAUUAAAAAGCUUAAAAAAAGUGAUGGUUUUGUUACGUCUAAUCAUGGAGAGAUGGAGGUGUUGGUGAAAGAUUAUUUUUCUGAGCUUUUUCGGGCUGAGAGACAACCGGAUAGAAGCAGUUUAUUGAGGUUGUUUCAGAAAAGGGUGACUGAUAGUGAUGCAGCGAGUUUGUUAGCUCCAUUCCGGAAAGAUGAAUUUCGAGAGGAUUUAUUCAGUAUGCAUCCUGACAAGGCUCCUGGACCUGACGGUUUAAACCCGGCCUUCCUUCAGAAGUACUGGCAUAUUAUGGGGAAUGCUAUUGUUUUGAAUGCUGUGGAUUGGUUGCAGAGAGGUUUAUCUGCUUUAUUUCGAGAUGCGGAGGAGCGGCGGUUGAUUCAUGGAUGUAGGGUUGGUAGAGGUUGUCCUCGAGUUUCGCAUUUGUUGUUUGCGAACGACUCUAUAUUUUUCUUUAAAGCUAAUGCUCAUGAAGCUACAAUGGUGAAAUCAAUUCUCUUGGACUAUGAGGCGAGAUCGGGACAGGCGAUGACAUUUGUAGAUGACAUUUCUAAUAUCUUGGGUGUGAGGGGUUCUAUUGGGGAUAGCUUUUAUCUUGGUCUUCCUUCUCUUAUAGGACGAGACAAAAAGCAAAUAUUCUCUUUUAUUAAAGACAGGUUGUGGAAGAAAUUGAAUAGCUGGAAUAAUAGAUUCUUGUCUAGAGUCGGUAGAGAGGUUCUUAUUAAAUCUGUUGCUCAGGCUAUACCAGCUUAUUGUAUGUUGGUUUUCUUGUUGCCCUCUACUUUGUGUCAUGAGCUACAAGUUAUUAUGAAUUGCUACUGGUGGAACGGGAAGAAAGAACAAGGCAGAGGUAUUAACUGGCUUUCGUGGGAAAGGAUGUCUUUUUCUAAGCAACAAGGUGGUAUGGGUUUUCGUGAUCUUCGGCAUUUUAAUCUGGCUAUGCUUGCUAAGCAGGGGUGGCGGUUAUUACAGGCGAAGGAUACUCUUUUUUACAGAAUCUUCAAAGCUAAAUAUUUCCCGAGAGGGGAUUUUUUCAAAGCUCAAAAGG